AUGCCGAUUUCGCAGUCUCAAGGAAGAGGAAGAUUGAGACAAACUCAGAGCACGAUAGUGGACUAUGUCCUCCAAGCUUUUCUCGUUCUCAGAGGAUUAGCAAUCGUGAUGACAUAUGUACGGAGUAUCAUCAAGAAGGGACACGAUACCUAUUCCUUAUCUGUCAUGAACAAGAAUCUCCUAGUAGUCUCCUUGUCCAACGUACCGAUACUAUUCUGCGUCCACAACCUACCCCACAGCCUACGAUUUAGCGCCGUCUUCAGCCUUCAAGGGAUACGUUGGAAAGCUCAAGAGCGUCUCCCCAGUAAUUUCAUGGCCAUCCAACCGAUAGCUAGCACUCCGAAAUUCUGGAGUUUACUCUCCACUGGUCUAAUAGAGCCGAUCGGAAGACUGCCCGACGGAAUCGAAUACUAUUUCCGACCAGAGCUCUCCUACUGUAUUGGAACGAUAUCUAGGCUAAAACUUAGUUACCAUGUUGGAAUUGCAUUGCGUCCCCCCAUCAAACCCUACAUAUUCUCGUCGACACAAAUAAGUACCUCGGCUGUAUGGCUGGCGUUCCAGACAGCAAUAGUACGGUUCCCUCUGAAGGCGAGAGAGGAAUCUGGUUGGCCGCGGCUGAACCCUCGUCGAGCGGGUCGCGUUCCACUAAACAGCCUACUACUUACCUUCGAGCUGUGUAGCAUGACUCUCGUCUCCUCAUUUUUCGACCUACUAAAACUACAGCCCAAGGUCAACAACGGAGCGCGAGAUCGCAACCUGCACAUUCCUCCACCAGCAACGGCCUUCAAUCUUCUGCGUACACGGAUAUCUCUGUUUCGAGAGACUCGAUAUGUAUUAGCGGAGUAUGUCAAGUGUGGAUACAAUUUUGAUACCAUUGCCGCCCUUUAG